AAUAAUGUAACGACCACUUUGAGUAUGAUAACUAUGUUAUUAAAGAACCUGAUAUAAAUAUAUCACAAAUGAUACUUGUUUCUACCUUUAAAACGUGGUGUCAUACUGGAAAGAGAAGUUUCAGUGAAGAAGUGAAUACAGAUAAAGAAAGCACAACCUGGAGAAAGAGAAAGAAUAUACAAUUGUCAAGGUCCCAGAAAAUUGGUUUUUAUUGUUAGAAAAGUGAUCUUAAGGGACCUCCUUGGCUCUAACCAAGAAAAAUUAAAAUUUAAAAUAUUAGGGAUCUUUUCAAUUUGCAAUAUUUUGAUGUCUUAGAAGCCAAGUCUGACAAGGGAGUUAAAAGCUGGAAAUUACAUCUUGUUUUUUUAAUUUCUGCUACUAACGCAUUUCUGAAAGCACAUUGCAAUUAUUGGUUGAUUUGCUGCCUCUAGGAAGAAUGUUGGAGGUGGACACAGAAUGUUGUGCAUCUACUGUAGGUCAUUGAGUUCCGAAUGAAUUGACAAAUCAGGAUGCCAUUGUUUGAUGCCAGAUUCUCAGCCAACACACACACACGCACACACAACAAAAUGGAUAGGAUGGAGUUGGGGUGUUUUAAUAAUUUCUUUAAAGGGAGCAUAUUACCAUGACUAAGUAGUAUACAUGUAGCAAUUAAAUAGUUUGUGCUUGGCUGGUAACUGAAAAGUUGGUGGUUUGAAUUCACUCAGCAGCAACCUCAGAAGAAAAGGCCUGGCAAUCUGCUUUCGUAAAGAUUACAGCCAAGAAAACCUUAUUGAGCAGUUCUGCUCUGUAACACAUGGGGUUUCCAUGAGUUGGAAUCAACUCGAUGACACAAGAUAACAACAACACAGAAAUCAGAUACUAUGCAUUUCAACCAAUACUGAGAGGCAGAAAAGGGAAAAGUAUCUUUAGCUUUUACUUCAUAGUGAGGAAACAGAGGCACAAGCACAGUUGUGUAGUGAUAAAAUCAUAAUUAGAAUUUCUACCUCUUACUCUUCAAUUUUGUGCUGUUUUGGCCUUAAUGUUAAAGGAAAACUUUGCUCAAAGUGUAAAUUUUGAAUUGGUUAGUAUUUUAUUGUAGACCAACAAUCUGUUAAUAUACUGUAGUAAAUAGACUACCUGAGAAUAUUCAGAUGCUUAAAUACUGUAGUUUGCUUUUAGAACAUUUCAGCUUAGAAAAAUGUGUCUUGGUUACUUUUUGCUUGCUAAGCACGUAUGACUGUCAGAAGACUUUUAGCCCUACUGCCCACAUGGUCUGGACAAAAGAACUAGCAGUCUUUUAGAAAAGAACAAAAGAGAAGCAAUGAAAAUAAUUUUCCUUUGCCUGCUAGAUAUCACUGGAGCCUUGAUCCCUAGAAUUGAGGCAGCAGCAAAAGCAGAGAGAAAUCAAUGGAAAGUAGUGUGUGUUGGUGGGAAGGAGGCAUUUUGGUUGGGGGUUGGAUUGCCAGGCAUGCAAGAUAUGGUCCCCAUUGAUCAAUGCUAUUUCUCAGCCACAUGUUCCCAGUUGGAAUUUAAGAAAGAAAUAUUCUAGGAUUUUUCUCUUGUUCAAUGUUCUGAGGAGUCUAUGUUCUUUCAGCUCAGUUUUUUUUUUUUUUAUUUAAAAAACAGGCAAACCUCUUGACUUUCCUUGAGAUAACCAAAGAAUAUAAUCUAACAAAAUAAAAGCACACACACACAAAAAAGGGAGGCAUGUAAUUUGGCUGUGAUACUGUACUUAUUCUAUCCUCUGUAGUUUUAGAGCUAUCAAGAAGUCUUGCUAUAGAGUAUGGUAAGCCUAAAGAGUUUGUGGGGGAAGGUAGGUGGGUAUGUGGUCUUUCUGUCAAGUCAUAUUUGGGGGUAGGGAGUUAAAUUGCCUUGCACUAAAGUGAGUCACUUCAAUGUUUUCUGUGCUUUUGCUGAAGCCAAACUGCAAUCUAGGAAGAGACCUUGAGAUGGAACUUCGUAGUAGUUUCCCCAUAAAGAGUCCCAUUCGUUUGUUCAUUGUAGUAUUCUCAGGAUGGAUAUGGAUUUUUAAAUCAGAUUAUUCCCCUAGGAAGAUUAUUGUAAAUUACACUAGUAUUUUGGUAUUUUUUUCCGUCAGUGAAGGGAAGACUGUUUUUACAGUAAUAGUGUUGUUAUUAAUUACUAUUGAGUUUGCUCCAACUCAUGGUGACCCCACAUACAACAGAACAAAACGUUGCCCAGUCCUGCGCCAUCUUCGUGAUUGUUGGUAGGCAUGAAUUCGUUGUGGUGGCCACUGUGUAUUUUGAGUGCCUUCCAACCUAAGGGGCUCUUCUUCCAGCGCUAUAUCAAGCAGUAUUUAAUAUUUUGUUAUGAUCCAUAGCGUUUUCAUUGGCAAAUUUUCUGAAGUAGAUUGUCUUUCUUCCUGGUUGGUCUUGGUUUGGGAGCUCUGCUCAAACCUAUCAACCAGGGAUGACCUUGCUGUAUUUGAAAUAACCAGUGACAGAGCUUCCAGCAUCAUAGCAACAUGUAAGCCACCACAGACGGGUGGUAAACAGUUACUGUAGUAGCUGUGAUUUAUUGGGUGUUGGCGGAUAUUGUACUCAGUGCUUUAUGAACAAGAUCUCAUUUAAUCUUCUUAGCAGUUGUGAUAAUUAAGAUUAGAUUAAGAGUUGCUCAUAGUCUCACUUGCAGAAGACUAUACUAGUCUUUCAAUAGUCUGAUUUGUUUUCUUGUUUAGUUUUAUAUCCCACCUCCUAGCACAGUUCCUGGCACAUGGCAGGCACUUAAUAAAUGUUUAUUGAGUGUGUGUCUGACCAGAUACUUUUCCUUAAUGCCAAGCUGUUUUUCCUCAUGAAUGCUUUUCCACAUACAUCUUCUAGCACAUUGGGAAAAUUGUCAGGUUUUCCUCUGACCCUGCCUCUUUGCUCUUUUUUGGAUGCCCCUCUUCUUCAGCUUAUUCUUUAAAUGUUCAGAUUCCUUGGGGUUCUGUUUUUGGCUCUCUGCUUCCCUUGGGUGGUAUCUAUUUCCUUGGAUUUAUUUGUCAUUUAUGUAAAUGAUAACCAAAAAUCGGUAUCUCCUGCUGAAAUCUUCCAUAUACUUUAUUCAUUUAUUAAUUAAUUCAGCAAACAUUUAUUGAAAGUCAGCUCUAUACCUUCUGAACAAAGUAUAGCAGUGAAAAAGAUAAACACAUUUUCUACUCUCAUGGAGCUUAUAUUGUAGGGAAACAAAAUUACAGAUUUUGGGAAGUGCUAUGAAGAUAGUAAAUCAAGAUAAUAUGAUAGUGAUUACACUCAGGAGGUGAUAUUUGAGAUGAGACCUGAAGGCAAAGAGCAAAACUAUUAUGUGUAUUUGGCAGGAUGAGUAUAAAAAAGGCAAGCCCCUAGUGCAGAGGCCCUAAAGCAGGGGAGAACUUGGCCAGUGUAGAUGAGGUUUAAUAACUGAGAAGAGUGCAGAUUAUAUAGGAAUUUUUUGCCUUUGGUAAGGAGUUUGAUUUCCUAAAUUCAUUAGCAAGCCCUUCAGCGAUUUAAGCAGGGAGAAACAUGAUCUGAUUUAUAUUUUUAAAAGGUCACUCUGGCAGCAGUGUGGAGACUGGAUAAUAGAAGUGGGUGCAUGGAUACUAUGGAGAGAGAUAAUAGCGUGGUAAAGAGAAGUGGACAGAUUUAUGCUGUAUUUUGAAGGUGGAUUUGACAGGUUUUGGUAAUGGAUUGAAUGUGGGAAAUUAGGAAAAGAGCCAGUUGUCUACUUGACAUCUCUUCUAGGGUGUUUCACGGUCACCCAGUAUUUAAUGUGGUCAAAACUAAACUCAUCUUCCCCUCCCCUUCCAUUUUCCAAACUCAGUUCUUUUCCAGUGUUUAUUAAGUGUCACCAACUGGGAACCCAGUUGUUCAAGGUAGAAGCCAAGACAUUUUCUUCAAUUUCAUAUUCUCCUCCCCUGCAUACCUCCCACAAAUAAAAAAGGUCAUUGAUUGUACUUUCGAAAUCUCUCUCAAAUAUCAAGUAUUUCUCAAGUGUAUGCAUGUCUCCAUCCCAGUUGUCAUACCUGGGUUCCUGCAGCAGUCUUCUAAUUGGGUCUCCUUGCCUCCUGUAUUAGUCCCUCAACCCAGUCCAUUCUGGAUGCUGCAGUCAGAUUUAAUUCUGACAUUUUUCUGUUGAAAAUUCUUCCUUGGUUCCCUCAGGAUGAAGGGGAGACUUGUUAGCAUGAUCUAUAGAGAUACUUCAUGACCUUGCCUCUGCUUACUUUUCAGCCUUUUUCUUUGAAAUAAAUUACAAAUAUUUUUGAAUUUUUAAUUUUUUUCUUGUUUUCCUUGUCCUCCACAGUUCUUUGGUAGUUAAAAUGUCUUUUGUACCUGUAACUUUUAUCUCUUCCUGUUGCCACUAACCUAGUUCAGAUCAGCAUCACUUUUCAUAAGAUAAUUGCAGUAGCUUUUUAACUAGUCCUCUUUCUGUCUCCAAUUUCCCAAAUUUGUUUUGCCCAUACCACUACAUAAAUCUUCCUGACACAUAUCUCUGAUUGUCUUUUCCCAGCCAUACGACCUUCAGUGUCUCCCUCUGUACACAGAAUAAAAUUGAUAUUCCUCAGCUUAUUGUUCAGGCCCAUUCAUAAUUUUGUACCAGUCACCCUAACUUUGCAAAUUUAUUUCCCAUCCGUAAGUCUAACUUUUAGCCAAACCAAAUUGUUCAGUAUUUCCUAUACAGGCUCUAUAUUUGUUCACUGUUUUUCACUCAGGGUUUUUUUUGUUUGCAGUCUCCAUCACUUUACCUUCCCUUCCCUUUCCCAGCUCAUCCCCAGUCUCCUUUUCCGGAUAUUACCCAUUCUUUAAGCCAAGAUCAAAUGCUACCCUCCUGUUUUGCCUCUCUUCUGCUAUCCCCGGAAUUCUCACUGUGGCCGUAUUAAGAGUAUUCUAGUUAGAGACCAUUAGGUUUGAGGAAGUAUUAAAGGGAUGACAAUAAGGACCCAGAAAUUUUGAUAUUUAAUUGUAUUCUGGUAGUAUCGCAUUGACAGAUAAAUAAUAGCACACAUGUUUUCCUAUUUGAUUUGAAGCAUCUCUCAAGGGCAGUGCCAAUGAUAUUUCUCUUGUCACAUUUCCUCAUUUGUGUCAGAGUGGCAAUAUGACUGUUUAAGAACUAGAAAUUUUAUUUUAUUUUUUAAUUAACUAAGUCUUUUUUUUUUCCUCCCAGGUAUACAAAUUGCAUUUGCAAAUUCAAGGCUGUGUAGAAUCCCUGAGUCCAAAUUCAUAAUGUUUCCUAAGAGUGUGGGAAAUUUUUCACACUCUCCAGAUUCUCCAAAUGGAUGAGCUUUUGGAAUUAAAAUCUGUAGCUUAGGAGUGUUUUGAUAGUGUUUACAAUUACUGUGUCAAACCUGUUUUCUUAAUGCCUCAGUAAAUAUAUCUACAGUUUGAAUUUUUUGUUCUUUUAUUCAGUUGGGCCUGAAGUGAUUGCAGCAUCCCUUGGAGCUCCAAAUAGAUAUCAACUUAAGACAAAGGAGUGUUCUUCCUUUAAUAAUAUACGGGAAAGAAAAAAAACAAACCCCAUUGCUGUCAAGUCGAUUCCAACUCAUAGCAACACUAUAGGACAGAGUAGAACUCUGCCCCAAAGGGUUUCCAAGGAGCAGCUGGUGGAUUUGAACUGUCAGCCUUUUUGUUAGCAGCCAAAUGCUUAACCACUGCAUCUCCAGGGCUCCUAUAUCUUAAUAUAUAGGUAUUUUUAAAAGUCAUCUUCAGAAGUUUUUUGAAUUUGGAGAUUUUUUAUUAAUAAUUUCAUUUUUUCGUUUAAAAUGUGCACAGCAGAACAUACACCGAUUCAGCAGUCUCUCUAUGUACAAUUCACUAACAUUGAUUACAUUCUUCACAUUGUGCAACAAUUCUCACCCUCCUUUUCUGAAUUACUCCUCCACCGUUAACAUAAACUCACUUCCUCUCUAACCUUUCAAAUAGCUUGUCAAUUUGAUCCUUUAUAGACAGUUCUUUAAAAGACCACAGUGCUCAAGGCAGACGUUCUUUCCUAAUUAAGCUAAACUAUCGUUUUGGUUUAAAGGAGACAUCAGGAAUGAUUUUGAUUUAAGUUUUAAAGAGUAUCUCAGGGCAGUAGUUUCAAGGGUUUAUCCAGCUACAGUGGCUUCAAAAAGACUGGAUUCCAUGAGAGUUUGAAUUUUGUUUCACAUUUUUCCACGCUUUUAAUCAGGAUUCUUUUAUAGAAUAUUUUUAUCAAAAUGUUUGGUCACGGUAGCUGGGCAUCAUUCAGUUCUUCCAGCCUCAAGGCAAAGGAGGUAGUAAGUAGUUCAUGGAGGCACUUAGCUGUGCAUUCCGUUUCCUCCUCCUGUUCCUGACGCUUCUUCUUCCUCAGUUGCUCCAGGCAAAUUGAGACCAACUGUUCCUUGGAUGGCAGCUUGCAAGCUUUUAAGACCCCAGGCCCUACACAGUGAACUAGGAGGUAGAACAGAAGCAUCAGAAACAGUACUUGGCGUGUUAACUGGGAAGAGCUACCUUUUAAUAUUAUUUUGUGAUGAAGCACCUUCAAACCAGAUUAUAAAGGAGACCUGUGUCCUGGCAUCUACUAAUAACAUACCUGAAGCAAACUGAAAAAAAAAAAAUUUUUUUUUUGUAGGAAGUGAUUAUCUGCUUUAUAAAAUAAUGCUUCACUUUAAAAAGCAUUCACAUAAAAAGUACUGAUAUAUGCUACAACAUAGGGAUGCCUUGAAAAUGUUACGCUAAGUGAAAGAAGUCGGUCACAAAAGACCACAUAUUAUGUGAUUGCGUUUAUAUGAAAUGUCCGGUCUAAGCAAAUCUGUAGACACAGAUAGUACGGUUGCUUAGGGUUGGGGGAGGAGUCCUGGGAGGUGCAGAUGGUUAAGCUAAAAGGUCACAGCCUUGAAAACCCUGUGGAGCAAUUCUGCUUUGCACAGGUGAGGUCACUGUGCAUUGGAGUCAGCGUCAACUCCAGGGCAACUAACAACAGCCAGGCUGGUCUGAGGCGUGGGGUGGGGACAGGGGGCGUGGUGGCUAAAGAAGACGAGGUUUCUUUUUGGGGUGAUGGAAAUGUUCUAAAAUUGUGGUGAUAGUUUCACUUUUCUGUGAUUAUACUGAAAACCAUUGGAUUGUACACUUUAAAUUGAGUGAAUUAUAUCUCAAAAUUGUUUUUUUUUAAAAAUUUAUAAGAUUUUCUUAAGUGGUGAACAUUUGUUGUAUAAUCUAAAUGACUAUUUGAUUUUUAAUAAUAGCAGCUAACAUUUAUUAAAAUCACUCAUGCGCCUGGCAUUAUGCUAAGUAUUUUAAAACCUGCAUUUUCUUAAUUCGAUUUUAGUUUACAUACAGCUUUUCAGCAACACAUUCAUCUUUGUAUUCUCUCUGCAUCCAGGCACAAAGCCUUGUAAGUGUAAUAAACUCAGACUAUUUGAAUGAAUGACUUAUAUGUGGGAAUAUAUGCAUAAAUGGAUUUAGCACUCAGAAACAGACAUGUUGGCACGGCACCCCAACGCGUCAGGGCAUUGCUUUCUCAUUACCUAGUGUCAGCCUGCUCCCUGACCUACUAAGAAAUUCUAGCCAAUAUAGGGUUCAGUGGUUGUGUUUAAUAAAAGAAUUCUUCUGACUUUGUUUUGCUAUUUCCACAAAAGUAAGGAAAGAAGAGCACAUUUUUGCCCUGCCCUCCUUUUCUUUGGCCCUUAUUUGGCCCUUAGCUCUCUGUCUUUACAUUUAUUCAUGGUGGUGGUGGUUUAAUCUUUCUGCACAUCUUCUAAGGUGAACACUAGCCCGAACAAGUUUGGCUUCAAGUAUGCCUAAAUCAGAGUCCCAGGAAAAUCCUCUCAAAAUGUUCUACUAUGUAGGUGAUAUUUUUAUUUUUAUUUCUUCAGUUUCAAGGUAGAAAUCAGAGAUCAUCAUAUUUUUACAGUGAAUUCCCUAUUUCCUGUUUUUAGACAGAUGAAUUAGGAUAAUUAAUUAGGUGCCAUCUGAAGUCACAAAUAAUAUAGUUCAGUUCUGCAACCCAGCACCCCCUCGACCUGAGGACCUAUUGACCUGAGGUAGCAAUUUCUCUAUCGAGACCAUCUCUUUUCCUUCAAAUUUUAAGUCAGCUGGAAGAUACCAUUCUCACAGUCUGUGCUGCUAGUUACUGAAUUAUAAGAAAUUAGUUUUAUUAAUCACUUAUAAUUAAUCCAAACUUGCCAAACAGCCUUUCAGACAUCAUUUAUAAAAGGGAUUAGAGUCAAACACCUUUUUUCUGCUAGAGUUGUAGAAAUCUUGGAAGCUAUGAUGAUGACUAUAAAGUGGCUUUCCCCUAAUUAAUACUUUUAUGAGUAUAAGAAAGUUAUUUGCCAGUAAAUAUUGGGUCUUAUGCAGAAAAAUACCAAUAUUAAAAAUAUCUUUUUUCCCCGACUCUUUAUUUCCCCUGUUUCUUAGGAUUUUAAAGACAUAACCAUUGUUAAUAACAGGCUCAUAGCCAUUUCCUUGCCUAUUACGAGAUUUGUGCCUGAUUUCUUAAGUCACUGUUUAAUGAAAUCUGUUAAUAAAACCCUUGCUUAGUAUCAUGUAUAUUAAUCAUUUUUUUCUUAAAAGCCUUCCAUAUUUAGAUAAAAAACCAAACUCAUUGCCAUCGAGUCGAUUGUGGCUCAUAGUGACCCUAAAGGACAGAGUAGAACUGCCCCAUAGGGUUUCCAGGGAGCCCCUGGUAGAUUCAAACUGCCGACCUUUUGGUUAGCAGCCAUAGCUCUUUGCCACUACACCACUGGGUUUCCAUAUUUAGAUAAAGACCCAGUUAUUUUUGAGUAUUUGAAACUUCGGAAUAUGAUCAAUAAUAAAAUAUUACAGACUACAACUUGUAUGUACCUUUCAUCUAAAAUUAUCCAAGCUAACCAGAGAUAACAUUUGGAGAUGUCUGAAAAGGGUGAUUUUUCUUUACCUGUGGAUUGCUGACUACUUUAUAAUUUUUCAAGUUUGUCCUCCUUUUAACCCCUACCAUAUUGAUUAAAAUUCUGCUUGACAAGAGCUCCUGUUUCAGCUUCCUUUCUCUAUAGCAUCUAAUGUAUUAUCAUUGGGGAUUGAGAAAUUUGCCAUUGUUAUCACAACAAAAUUGAAAGGAAGUACUUAAUCAGAAGAUAAGCCCAUUGCUUGAGAGUCAUUUCCAACUCAUAGUGACUUGUAGAUAAAAAAAAAAUUUUUUUUUUUUAGAUACCAGAGGUGAAAUUGACAUGGCCCUGUGUUAGGAUAUUAAUGAAUGGAUAAAGGGAAACUUUAGUUCCACUUAAUUUAUCAUGACAGCUAGUCAUGUUAAAAUCUGGAAAUGAAAUGUUUUGUAAUUUUUAUCUUGGGCAUCUAGCACAUUAUAAAGUCUUCUUGCAUUCUGUCGAUCACUGCUGGUAGCUGAGUAAUGACGCUCCCCUUCUAGGUAUGAUAAAACACCUGAGAUCCUAAACAUUACAGAAGGAAAGAAAAAGCAUUCCAGUUUUCAAAGAAUCUGUAUUAGUUUUUAUUUGUGAUAUGAGACAAGGAGCUCAUCAUAGUUCUUCUUUAGUUUUGUCUACUGGGAAGAUUUUGACUUGAACUUUAGAUCUAAUUUUAGCGGGUAUUGUAAUACCUGUAGUCUAAGUUUCCGAAUGAUUUCUCUACUUCAUUUAAACUGGUACAUAUUUUCUUAUCCUUAUAUAAUGGUCUUGUUUUUGUGUCUUAUUGUUAAAAAAGGAAACAAAAAACUAAACCUGUUGCUGUCAAGUUGAUUCCAACUCAUAGGCGACCCUUAUAGGACAAAGAAGAACUGCCCAUAGGGUUUCUAAGGCUGUAAUCUUUAUUGAAGCAGACUGUCAUGUCUUUCUCCCAGGGAACUACUGGCACAUUCAAACUGGCGAGCUUUCAGUUAGCAGCCAAGCGCUUAACCACCAUGCCACCCGGGCUCGUUGUCUUAUUGUAAACCAUUUUUAAAUACAUUUUUUAGAAGCAGAUUGGAUAAAAUUAAAUAAUCCCUAAGAUGGGUAUUUUAUUAAGAUCUUCAUAUGGUACAAGUUGAUUCUUGAAAAACAAACCCUUGUGCAUUUCAGUGAGUCUAAAAUAGCUGUGGCUGAUGAGUUGUGUAGCCCAUUGAUGAAUUACUAGUUCAGACUUCUGUGCUUUACCUAUCCGGGAAACUGCCUUCUCUGAUUUGUUGACUCCUUUCUUGUCUCAACUGUGUACUCCUUCUCUUUAGUCCCAUAGCAGUUUGUUUCUGUCUGUAUCAGACUGCAUUAUAUUAUAAUGGUCUGUGACUGCUUUCCCACUACAAUGGCAGAGUUGAGUAGUGGAGACAAAGACUGUAUGGCUCACAAAGCCAAAAAUAUUUAUUUUCUGCCCUUUACAGAAAAAGUUUGCCAGCCCUUAUUAUAGAUGAAUGAAGAAAAUGGUACAUUAUCUAGAGAUAAAACCAAUUAAACCCACUGCUGGUGAGUGGAUUCCAACUCACUGGGUAGAGCAGAACUGUCCCAUAGGGUUUCCAAGGCUGUAAAUCUUUAUGGAGUGGCUGAUGGGUUUGAACUGCCACGCUUUCAGUUAGAAGCCCAGCACUUUAACCACUGCACCACCAGGACUCCUCUAUCUAGAAAAAAAAAAAAAUUUUUUUUUUCUUUUUUUUCUAGGUAGCCCUCUAUAACAUAGAAUAACUCCAGAAAUAGUUGUGAGGAGUAAAUUAAUACCUUACAGUGUAUGGCUUUUAUUAGGUUCUGAUUAUAUUAUUUAUUAAAUAAUCAAGGUGAGUAUAAUAGCAUUAUUGUAAACGUGUUUCUCAGUGUUGGGUGGUUGAGCACUUGAAACCACUCAGAAGGUGGAUAUUAUGCCCUCUAACCAAACAUUUUUUAUAUGUCUAGGUAUUUAGGAAAUUCCAGAUACCUUUUGUGAGUGAAAAACAGGGAGAGAAUAACAAAAAAUGAAUUAUUUGGGCAAGGGUGGAGUUCAUGUGAUCAAGCAGUAUAAUUAAGCCCCUGAAUGCUUUAGUUGAUGGGGUUGAAGCAGUGACAUCAAAAAUACUUGCCCAUAGACAAGUAUAAUAUAGUGAAAUGUUUUCCAUAGACAAGUACUAGAUUUGGGUUAGAAAGAUAAUUAAAUAAAUGUCUUCUGUAUUCUUUGGCUAAACUAUAAAAUGUUUUAGUUCAGAUUCAUUUAGAAAUUCAGAGCUCCCUAAAAAGAAGGUAUCUUAUGCUGUAACACGCUCUCAGAGUUUAGUGAAAUUUCUCUGAGCCUUUAGAGACAAAAAAAAAAAAACACAAAUUGAACUCUUUUUUCUUAGACUGUGGCAAAUUGCCUCCCCACCCCACCAAAAAGAAAAAAAACUCGUCUUGAAGACUUUAAUGGACCUUCUUUGAUAAACUGUUCUCCCAGCACUAAUCUAAAGAUUGUAGAAGACAGGAGUAGAACAUGAAUGAGCAAAACAGGCAGAUGAAAGUCUUUGUUGUGUAAUAAAUCAAUCUCUGACUUAAAAUUUUGGCUCUUUUCACUUAGUGUGUGAUUUGGGGAAAAUUCUUCAGUAUCCUUAAAUCUUAGUUUCCUUAUGUGUAAAAUGGGGUUAAUAACAGAAUUUACUUCAUCAGGUUGUUGUAAGAAUUGCAUGAGGAUCUGAGAAUAUGGCCCCUGGAUACCCUGCAAACUCAGAACUGAAGCCACUCCCGAAGCCCAUCUUUCAACCAAAGAUUAGACAAGCUUAUGAAACAAACAGUAACACAUAUCGAUCGGUUGGAAGUAAGCAGCCUUGCCCAGACUUCCAGUGCAGUGGCCUCUAGCACCGAUGGCAGCAUCCACACAGAUUCCGUGGAUGGAACGCCAGACCCUCAGCGCACAAAGGCUGCUAUUGCUCACCUGCAGCAGAAGAUCCUAAAGCUCACAGAACAGAUCAAAAUUGCCCAAACAGCCCGGGAUGACAACGUUGCUGAGUACUUGAAGCUUGCCAACAGUGCAGACAAGCAGCAGGCUGCCCGCAUCAAGCAGGUCUUUGAGAAGAAGAACCAGAAAUCUGCCCAAACCAUCCUCCAGCUACAAAAGAAGCUUGAGCACUACCACCGGAAGCUCCGGGAGGUAGAGCAGAAUGGGAUCCCACGACAGCCAAAGGACGUCUUCAGGGACAUGCACCAGGGUCUGAAGGAUGUGGGGGCCAAGGUGACUGGCUUCAGUGAAGGUGUGGUGGACAGUGUUAAAGGUGGACUUUCCAGCUUCUCCCAGGCCACCCAUUCAGCAGCAGGAGCUGUGGUCUCAAAGCCCAGAGAGAUUGCCUCAUUGAUUCGGAACAAAUUUGGUAGUGCAGACAACAUCUCUAACCUGAAGGACUCUUUAGAGGAGGGCCAAGUGGAGGAUGGGGGUAAGACUUUGGGAGUGAUUUCGAACUUUCAGUCAAGCCCAAAAUAUGGUAGUGAGGAAGAUUGUUCUAGUGCCACAUCAGGCUCAGUGGGAGCCAACAGCACCACUGGGGGCAUCGCUGUAGGAGCAUCCAGCUCCAGAACAAACACCCUGGACAUGCAGAGCUCAGGAUUUGAUGCACUACUACAUGAGAUCCAGGAGAUCCGGGAAACCCAGGCCAGGCUAGAGGAGUCCUUUGAAACACUCAAGGAACAUUAUCAGAGGGACUAUUCCUUAAUAAUGCAGGCCUUACAGGAGGAGCGAUAUAGAUGUGAACGAUUAGAAGAACAACUAAAUGACCUAACAGAGCUCCACCAGAAUGAAAUCUUGAACUUGAAGCAGGAAUUGGCCAGCAUGGAAGAGAAAAUUGCUUAUCAGUCCUAUGAACGAGCCCGGGACAUACAGGAGGCCCUGGAGGCAUGCCAGACCCGCAUCUCCAAGAUGGAGCUACAACAGCAGCAGCAGCAGGUGGUGCAACUGGAAGGGCUGGAGAAUGCCACUGCCCGCAACCUUCUGGGCAAACUCAUCAACAUCCUUCUUGCUGUCAUGGCGGUCCUUUUAGUUUUUGUCUCCACGGUGGCCAACUGCGUGGUUCCCCUCAUGAAGACUCGCAGCAGGACGUUCAGCACUUUAUUCCUUGUGGUUUUCAUUGCCUUUCUCUGGAAGCACUGGGAUGCCCUCUUCAGCUAUGUGGAACGGUUCUUUUCAUCCCCCAGAUGAUGCUGGCACAAGAAGGCAGCUGCUCCCCUACCCUCUGGCGAGUGCAUGCAGCGAGGAAUUAGACAGCAACUUAACCUACUCUGAAGUUUUCUACAACGACAAAAGAGUUGAGUGAAUCUGUUUACAUUUAGAAUAAUGUUUUUUUCUUCAAGAGACACAAUUGCAAUAGUAUUUUUUAGAUUUUAUCCAAGAAGUUUUUUGGGCGAAAAUCUUGGAUCAUUUUUAUGUAGCAUGAUUUUCCUUGGGAUGCAAAUCUUAAACAGUCCUUUAACAUGAACCAACAAUCUGGAGCACACUGAAGGGCAUUCUAAAUUGUGGCUCGAAUGACUGCACUAAAAACCCACUAAAAAAAAUGAGAAAAUCUGAUUAGGGCAAAGCGUUUAAACCUAGCACCCUGCCUUGUCUGGGCUCACCACCUUUCCCUUCCCAGACUAACUUUACUGUGAAGUCCUACCACAUUCCGUGUCUGAAUUGUUGGAUUCAGGGUGGAUUUUCCUUGUCCAUGGAAGAACACGUGGAUCUCCCUGACUUUCUCGCCCAGUUGGCCACACAUGCUAACCCUGGAAGCCUGGUCACUUUUGAACCUGGCCCCAUAGCCUUCGCUAGGACACAAAAGUGAGAGCAUUGUGUCCCACAGGAUCACUGCACAGUCCUCCUGCAGUAUUUUGAAGUAGCCCUCUGAAUAUUUAAUUUUAAGCAAAAUCCUUUGGCCGCACUUUUAAGGUUUUGUUUUGUUUUUAAUAUGUGUAUAGUCACCAAUUUAAAAACAAAAAAUCUGAACAGCAUACUUGAAGAAUGUAAUACUCAAACUCUCAGUGCUUCCUUAUGGUUUCUAAUAGGAUUUUUUAUUAUUGUUAUUAUUAUUAUUGGGUUUUUUGGAAAGGGUUGGGAGGGUCUUUUAUUUUUCCUUUGAAAUAAAGAAGUGAUGUUUUUCAAUGAAGAAAUGGUGUGGAUACUUAGUGUGCUGCUCCCUUUUGUCUUGACACAGUUUGAGCGAAGUAAGACUUGCUGUAAAUGCUGCCCUCUGCCGCCCUUGUUUUGAGAUGCAGCUUAAAACUCCCUCCUCUGGCUGCUGCUGCUGCUUUUUGGUGUCCCUCCCACUCCCACACCACCAUUUUAUGGGCUUGACUUGGUUGGAGAGGAAAGGGGUGCGUGGGGAGAAGGGGAGGCUGUUUCCACAAACCAGCAUGGUAGGAUAGGAAUUUUGUUGGUUUUUUUUUUUAGCCCCAAGAAAAUGUCUACCCAGUGACCUUGGGCUGGGGUUGUUUUUAGGAAAAACUGAGACUAUUACGAGAAAAAAAAAAAAAAUUAUGAGAGUCAUAAAUAAUUCCUUAUGUUUCCUUAAUUUAUUUUUAACACCUCCUAAUUACUGAAACCAAAGUGAUGUGGAGUCUUCUGUCUGCAUUUUGGCCCCAGCAUCCUUAAUUUCAAAGCUUUAUUCUGUCUGCCUAAGAGAAUCAACUGAAGGUGAUUCUCCCUAAAGAGCAGAAAAAGACAUGUCAGAUUAGAAGGACCCAGGUUUUGGGUGUGAACUUUGGCCAGCUUCCUAUUAAUCUAGACUGACUUACUACCAUAACUAUGCUCAAUGAACAUGUAUAGACUGUUUAGAAAAAUUGACUGAGCCUUCUUCCCCAUCCUGUAACCGAUUGCAUCAUCCUGGUAGAACUGGAACUGUAGAGGUUUACCUGGAGAGCUUGAUUAAUCUUUUUAUAUUAUUUGUAGUAUUGGGUUACACCUGCUAUUCCCUCUUGGCCUCAGUUCGUGCAACCAAGUGAUGAGCAAGGGGUAUAUAAUAACAACGUCCUGAAAGGUGUAGCGAAGCACGGAUUGCAUAUUUCUCCCAUACCGGGAAAUGCUUUUGGAACUAGAUUAGCAUUUCCCUAAGAGGAUGGUUUACAGGACAGCUCCAGCCUCCCUCUGCUUGGACAGGCUGGCCUUCUCAGAGUCAGCACGUUGUUUCAUAAUCACUUUGAUAUUUUAACUCAGGUACCCUAGCCUUUGCCCACCUCCAGAUGAUUGUAGUACACCUGUUAGCUCUUUUAUCCUCUCAAAAUCACCACCCAGAGCAGGGACCACAUGGGUGAUUUUUCUUUUAUAAUAUAAUUGCAACCAAUUCAUAUUCAUGCCAAAAACAAAUUGUUCCCAAGCCUAUAUACUUAAAAAUGCAACGUUAAAAACAUUGCAGCGACCUUAGGCAGAAGUGCCCGAGGGACCCUACAACCUGGUCAGGAUAGCAGUUUCUCCUCCCUUUCUGCUUUACCUAAAUCACUCAGAGUAGAGAAGAGAGCCCCACAAAGUUUUUGAAAAGAUGCUUUAUCUGUAAUCCUCUAGUUUUUCUAAGUUAGAACCUUUGAGUCCUGUAAGCUAUAUAGAGGCUACUAAGUUUGGUGGGUGCUGGAAGAUGGAUUGAAAUCCUUCCCAUUUACCUUGGGACAGUUUCUAUCAAAGGGAGGUUUUGACCUCUAGAAGGCCCCCUCUGCUCCCAGCCAAACAGGCCCACACUGGCUUUCCAUCCUCCUCUCUCAAACUGCCUUAGGAAGGACCUUCAGUCCAGGUUAGGCACAGUCAUGGCUUUUUAGCUUUCUUGUCCACUUUAUUGUUGACUGGGCCCAACAGUUGUCUGCAUUUAAUGCUGUUAGUAACCAUCCAUCUGUUUUCAUGCCCUCCCCCACUUUCUACUUCUGCCCAUCCCUGUUGCCUUUGAGUUCCUUUGCAUCAUGGCUAUUCCUGAAUUCUCUUGCCUAUUCAUUCUGAUGGUUUAACAAUUGUUCUGUGGUUGGAAGCUUACUCUAGCUUUAAUGCUUCUUCUCUUUUAAAGACUGUGUGCAUUCCCCAUGAAAUGAAGCAUUCCUGGAUUACUUGUUAGUGCUGGUGCCUAGCCCGGGUGAGUGACGCUGGCUGGGUUGGCCUGGGUGAUGCUGUUCAAGUUGUAGAAUGACUGUCAUUCUACAUUUUUUGUGAUAGUUGAAGGGCACUUCAGCCUGCCCCAAUUUCAACUCGUUGGUAUAUAUACUAAUUGCAUCCUAGUAAGGAAGGCUUUCUACUCCACUGGUUCCUUAAGAAGCAAAAGUAGGUUGAAUUCUGUCCUUGCAGACUGGGAUCUUCUUUCUCCCCUGUACCUCCUCUACCCAACUGAGGCAAAAAUCUGAUGCCAAGAAAAACACUGGGAUCAAGCCUUCCUUGCUAGCCAUGUACUAAUGAACAUAUUUUCAUGUGAUCUUCACUGCACUUGAUUUUGUUUCAGAUUUCAUGUUUCUUUGCGGUACAGUCAGAUGAAAGGUUGAAUUCUGAAUGAGUUCCAAUGAGGAGCUGUCUUUCAAUUUUGGGAAAUACGCAUCCAAAACAAAACCAAACAUUAUAAUCAACAAACUGACACAGGGGAAAUUAUGGUUCCCACCCACCUACCCCCAAACCCAAAUGAAACUAGGGAUUUUGAAUGUGGCUCUAAGAGUUAACAUUUCUGUCUGUGUGUUGUGUAUGCUAGGUGAUACCCUCAGUAGGCAUUGACUACUAGACUGUAAGUGUGUAUUAUCAAAGUGUGUAAGAAUAAAAACUCACUUGCACGAAUUGAAAAGUACAGAAAUGACACUUGUGAACGUGUGAACGUUAACACUGUAGUUGAUAGAUCUUAAGCUGCUAAUUGUUGAGAGAGAAUAACAGAUUCUCAGCAGCACUUUCACUGUAUAUACAAACUGAAAUAAAGACCUCAGCUAUUAACGUGGUGGUCAGACUCGACUUUUUUACUGCUAAUCUUUGCGUAUUGUUUCCACCGACAAGUUUGUCAAUAUGAAAACUUUCCACUAGUUUGUUCAUUAGAGUGCGUGUGUGUGUACGUGCACGUGUGUGUGUGUAUGUAUUUAUAGCCAGUAUCUUAAAACCAUAACUGAUAGCUGGGUAGCUGUCACCCUCUCCCUAUAUUUUAUAGACAUUAUUUCAGACUGGCACUUUCCCACAAUUCCUAAAAAGCGGAUAAGACUAUUCUUUAGUUCUUUGGAGGGCCAUAGGCAAUGUCUCCCAAAUUCAGCAUCUGUGACCCAAAAAUGGGUAUAAUAAUCCUCGUAAGCAUUCUUAUAAGGCUUUGCUAAUGAACAAAUGUUACAAUGGGUACAAACAUACCCAGUUUACAAACAUUCAGACAUAUGUAAUUUACAGACAUUCAAAUGUUCAUGAAACAUUUGACAUUUAAAGUUGAGUAUACAUGUAAGGGGUUAUUAUCCAGCCUAAUUCCAUCUGUGGUUUUGUUAGAGGUAGUAAUUAGGACUUUUCCCUGGUGAUCUCUGGGAGACUUCCGGAAAUCUAGAUGCUGUAGUGCAGAGUCUUGGCUUUGAUGGGGUACCAAGUGGGGACCUGAUGACUUGGUCCUUCACAGCCCCAGUUUCAAUGUUGAGAAAUUUUGGUUACACUUCUGACUGAUGAGCUUUGUGCCUCUUACCCCAUCGAUAAACUAGACAUAUUACACCGACUUUGAUCCUACCUAGUGGGUGUUGUGAGAGUCAGGGAUGCCUCUUGUGAAAGCUUUUAAAAGAGCUAAGAGAGUGCCCUUAAGCUUCAGGAAAUGGGGACCAGGUUGCAAUGUCCAGGUGUUCGUGUAGUACAUUGCCCAACCCAAGGGGCUCCAUCGUAGGCAACAAAAUGAAUGAUAAUCCUAGAAUUGUACAGCACGUAAUGGGCACCAGAGCAGCCCUGAUUAUAUGUAAUUUCAAAGUCUGUUUCAUUAUCAUCCAUUAAAAACUGGGAGCGUGGAAGGCUGGUAACAUUGAGAAACUGCUGUAUGGAAAACGGGAGGUUGGGGAGGCAGGGGAGGAUGUGCCAACCAGAAAGUACAUGCCUCAUCUAAAGAAGCCAAAUGUAUUAUUUUUGAACUAUGUGGGCCAAACUAAACACCUAGCCAACUUGUUACUCCUCAUCUAGGUAAUGAGUGUUUACCGAAUGCCAGGCAUAGUGCUCAGUACUGACGUGCAGUUACAUCACUUAAUUCUUCCAACAGCCUUAUGCAGGAGGUAUCAUCCUCAUUAUAGAGAUGAGAAAAAGAAAUCAGGUGACAUGGCUUGCCCAAAAUUAUACUGUUAGUAAAUGGGAAAUGAAUGGGACGGAAGAUAGGGCUAUGCAACAUAUGUAACAAAGGAUGAGUGUUCAUGAUAUAUAAGGAUUCCUACAAAUCAGAAAAAAAAAUAGGCAGAAGUUAUGAAUAGUUCACAGAAAAACAAGUGGCCACUAGGCGUUCAAAAAAAAGCGUUCAACCUCAAGCAUCAACAGUGCAGUAAGUGAAAAAAAGCCAGCUGUGGAACAGUGUAUUGUCUCCCAUUUAUGUUAAAAAUAUGUUUGUGUAAAUAUAUGUAGGUGAUGUAUAGAAACUGCACAUGAAACUGUCCCUAGUAUCCUGGGAAAGGGGGUGAGAGGGAUGGUGGGGAAGCAGGACCUUUAGGCUUGACAACUAUAAAAUAUGAAUCCCUUUGAAUGCAAAUGUAUUUGUGUACUUUUAAUUAAAAAUAUCAAAACUUUUUUUUUUUUUUAAAGAAAAUACUAGGUCCUCUGAGAAGAGGGGGAAAAGAGUUGACAGUAUUCCUAAAGCUGGAUUAUAAGAGGUCAUCUUUUGCCUUACGAUCAUCUUAGAAGGGGCUCUGGACAAAGUUUGAGCUUUCCUCCAGCCUGGGUUUCUAGGCUUGGUGGUCAAAUGGCUACUGCGCAGUCCAGAGAAGCACAGGGAGAAGUGUGAUUGCAGCGUUUCAUUCAUCCAGCUGCGUUUGAGAGCCACUCUGUGCACAAAACUGGGUUGUGGAGGUGUGCUAAACUGAGGAAAGGAACUUGGUAGAACAAAUACGUGUUGUAAUAGAGGCAGAACCAUGUGUGGGAGUGAAAAGGAGGAAGCAAUUCUGAUGGCAAUUGGGAAAGGCUCCAUGGAAGAAAUAAUGGCAUAUGGGCUGAGAGAUGGUGAGGUUUUGAUGAGUGCAGGUGAGUGGGGAGGCCGUUCCAAGUUGAAGGAACAGUACUAGCAAAACCACAGAGUUGAAAAAAGCCAAGGUUAGUUAUUCAAACAGUGGAUGGGAGCCUUGAGUGGCUGGUCGGGUACCUGGAAGAAUGUACAAAGUUAAAAUGGUAGGCAGAGGCUAAGUCGCAAGAAAUCUUGAAUGCCAUAUUGAAGUGCGGUGACCAAGCCUUGUGUUUAAAACAUAAAUUAUAAGAGAUAAUUACAUGUCUUUCAAAAGGAACCAGUAGCCUGUUUUUAAUGUCGUCCAAAUUAGUUAAGAGGUUGGGAAAUGGUGCCCAGGCUAUUUGAUCUUACUGCCUAUUGAUGCUGUAAUGGGGGGAGCUUCACAAUUUUAUUUGAUACCUGGAAUUAAAGACUUAGGAAACUCAGAGUUUAAAAAAAAAAAAAUUCCUGUCACCUUUGGCGUUAGAAUCUUUAAAUACUAGAGCUAGAGUGAUUGGGAAGACUUAUUCAGGUUUCUGCCUUAAUGAAUAGUUAAGUCGUUCUAUAGAACUGUAUCUUUUGGAAGACUUCAGUUUAAUAGUUAUUGAGACUAUUAAAAGGUACAGCAAACCAUAAUAAAAAUGAAUUAUAAUAACCACUGUAAAGAGCAAGUUAUAAAGAUUAAAUGAGACAAUUAUACAGUACCGAGCCCACAAAUGGUCUUAAUAUUCGUAGACUGAGAAUUUCUAGAGGACAAGGACUUGUCUUACUCAUCUGGAUCUCUUCAGAAUAUUAUUGUGUCUCCUCGCCCAACAAAGGGCCCAAUAGCCAGAAUUUUGGAGUGAAAUCAGGGAACCAAAAAUCAGUAUGCGUCAGGGAGUAUUCCAGCACAGAAACAACAAAAAAAAUCACAGCUAUAGUGAAGAAAAACUUCCACGUAGAUGCACAUAAAGCUGGCUAAAGAAAGAUUUUACUUGUGGUUUCUUAAGCAGUACAUUGACAAGGGUGUUUUUGCCAUGUUUUGUCCUCAAUGCCUGGAAGAAUGCCUGUCACAUAAUAAAAAAAAUUUUUUUUUUUUUUAGUGCUCCUUAAAAAGUGGAAUUUAAAAAUCGCUACUACUUGAAUCCUUGUGUGCCAGGCAUAGUGCCACUUGUUUAACUUCUAAUUCUUAUAACUUCUCUGAAGAAGGAGGUGAUAUGAUUUCCACUUUACAGAUGAAAACAGAAGCUCAGAUGGAUUCUUUGGAUUUUAUCCUAUAGAUAAGUCAUUUCACUAGUAAAUGGCAAAGCUAGGAUUUGUACUCCGUUGAGUUAGACUCUAAAACCCAUGCCAUUUCUACCAUUCCAUUUUGCUGGAUAAGGAGUCAAAAAUUUGUGGAUUUCAGACUUUGUGCAACUUUCAGAAGGCAAGUCACUUAAUUUUUCCAGACCUCAAUUUCCUUACUGUAGAGAAUGUGAACUAAGUCACAUUAGUUCCCUUCCAGCAAUACAUUAACAGUAUUUAAUGCCCAGCCUAUAAUCUCCUUAGGAGCAUAGACCAUAACCACUGAAAGGCUUAAACAGCCAGAGAGAAUAUGGUGGAAGUUCGUAGCUGAGAUCUAGGUAGCACCCAUGGUGGGGCUGUGUGUAUGAGAGGCGGGCAGGGGCAGGGAGGGAUUUGAAGCAAAUGUAACAAAAUAUCAAUGUAUUCUAUCUGUAUGAUGGGUGAGUACCUGGGUGUUAAAUCUUACUGUGUGAAGUACUUCAUUAUCUAAAAAUAUGUAUAUAUAUAAGGAAUCACUGGGCAAAUUACCCACAAUAUGAUCUUCCAUUUGGUGGGGAAAUAAGAAUCUGUUCAAUAAAUGUGCUGGGAAAAUUGGAUUUCCACAUGUAGAAAAAUGAAAUGAUUCAUGCCUCACACAAUACACAAAAACAAAAUGGACCUAAAUGUGCAAAUUAAAACCAUAAACUUCUUAGAAGAAAAUGCAGGGACAACACUGUCGGGCCUAGCUUUUAACAAUGAAUUAUCUAGUAGCAAAAUCACAAACAGCAAAAUAAAAAAUAAACCAAAAAACCCAAACCCGUUGCCAUUGAGUUGAUUCUGACUCAUAGCGACCCUACAGGGCAGAGCAGAACUGCCCCAUAGGGUUUCCAAGGAUUUGAACUGCUGACCUUUUGGUUAGCAGUCAUAGCUCUUAGCCACUACACAACCAGGGUUUCCACAAAAUAAAUGGGACCUCACAAAAGUUAAAAUUUUUGUUCAUCAAAAAGAAUUAACCAGAGGUGGGGCCAAGAUGGCGGAGUAGUCAGGUGCUUCCAGUGAAACGUCUUACAACAAAGACCCAAAAAAACAAGUGAAAUGAUUACAUUCAUGACAAGCUAGAAGCCUUGAACAUCAAAGGCAAAGUUAGAAAACGGAUUGAGUGGCAGGGAGAGGGAAAGACUGUUCAGAAACAGAGAGGAGUUGCCGGACCUGAAUCACCAGGAACCCUCAGGCUGCAGUGGGCUGCUGGUAGCGUUCGGCUGCAGUUUCCUCACAAAGAAAUAGCCAGCCGCACAGCCUACUCACACCUCCAGAACCAGAGAAGAACAGUACUCUCGGCAAAAGCUAAGUACUAUAUUUUACUAUAUUUUAUGGCACCCCCAGCCCCCAAGCUGGCUUCAGUGGCUGUCGAUUUCCCUGGGCCUGAGAUAGGUCCUGUCGAGUGUCCUGAGCCAUUCUCCUGGCCUUGGAGAAGGAAUAAAUUCACAACUGGGGAAAAGAUAAUCUGCCAGCUCCACUAACCUGGGGAGCUCAGGACAGAAGUGGCUCCUGCCCAGGCAUAACAGUCUGUGGACUUUGAAUACAUUUCCUCCCUGUAUGGGCCUAUUUCAGGAGAAGAGGCCCUUGUUGGCAGACUGCAACUUUUGCAACUGUAUGGUGGAGAGGGGGGAAUUUGAUGUUUGACACCACUUUGCCUAUUAAACAGGGUCCUCACCUACCCACAUCAGGGGCCUAAGGAUUGGUGGCUUCACUCACGUCACCCAGCCACCUGCAACAAGGGUCCUAGGAUAACUGGUACCUCCCAGUCCUUACAACCAAAAGCAUUGGGUGCCCAAGGUCCAUCGGCAGAACCCAGCCACCUGCACACUCUAGGGGACAGGGACAUGCUUUCCUCACAGACACUCGGGGGAUGGUUUUCAGCCCCCUGCCUUGUUCAGAGCAUGACCCCCUGCUGCAACCAGAUACUGAUACCUACACCAAUCACCCCGCCCCUCUAAGACUGUAGGCCAGAGCCCGUACUACACACUUGAUGACCAACUACCUGGACACCUGAGCUGAAUCCAUACAACAAAAGUGAAUGGACUCCUAGCCUCACAUGCCUGGUAACAGCUCUAGCCAUCUGGUGACAGGACUUUAGAGCUCCAAAGGUGAAAAUAAUCAAGCUAUCACACUCAAGCAAACUAUUUGGACAUAUCAAAACAAAACAAAGCAAGAAGCUAGGGUAUAGUAAGCAAACAUAAAAUAAACUAAUACAAUAACUUAAUACGUGACUCAGAGACAACAGUCAAUAUCAAAUCACAUAAAGAAGCAGGUCAUGAUUGCUUCAACAAGCUCUCAAAACAAAGAAUCAAGGGAUCUUCUGGAUGAAGGUGCAUAUCUGGAAUUACCAGAUGCAGAAUACAAAAGACUAAUAUACAGAACUCUUCAAGACAUCAGGAAGGAGAUCAGGCAAUACACAGAACAAGGAAAGGGACACACAGAUAAAGCAGUUGAAGAAAUUAAAAAGGUUAUUCAAGAACAUAAUGAAAAAUUUAAUAAGCUGCAACAGUCCAUAGAGAGACAGCAAGCAGAAAUUCAGAUUAGCAAUAAAAUUACAGAAUUAGACAACUCAAUAGAAAAUCAGAGGAGCAGAAUUGAGGAAGUGGAAGGCAGAAUUAGUGAGAGUGAAGGUAAAACACUUGGCACCAAUAUAUUUUUAAAAAUCAGAUAAAAGAAUUUAAAAAAAUGAAGAAACCCUAAGAAUCAUGUGGGACUCUAUUAAGAGAAAUAACCUACGAGUGAUUGGAGUACCAGAACAGGGAGGGAUAACAGAAAAUACAGAGAGAAUUGUUGAAGAUUUGUUGGCAGAAAACUUCCCUGAUACCGUGAAAGAUGAGAAGAUAUCUACCCAAGACGCUCAUCGAACUCCACAUAAGGUAGAUCUCAAAAGAAAGUCACCAAGACAUAUUAUAAUCAAAUAUGAGAAAACCAAAUAUAAACAGAAUUUUAAGAGCAGCUAGGGAUAAACUAAAAGCCACCUACAAAGGAGAGUCAAUAAGAAUACGCUCGGACUACUUGGCAGAAACCAUGCAGACAAGAAGACAAUGGGAUGACUUAUACAAAGCAUUGGAGGAAAAAAAUUGCCAGCCAAGAAUCAUAUAGCCAACAAAAGUGUCUCUCAAGUAUGAAGACAAAAUUAUGACAUUUACAGAUAAACAAGUUUAGGGAAUUUGUAAAAACCAAACCAAAACUAUAAGAAAUACUAAAGAGAGUUCUCUGGUUAGAAAAUCAAUAAUAUCAGAUAUCGACCAAAGACUAGAACACUGGACAGAGCAAUCAGAUGUCAACCCAGGUAGAGAAAUCACAAAAAUAAAUCAAGAUUAAAAAAAACACUCAAAACAGGAAAACUGUGAUGUCAUUAUGUAAAAGAAAAGAACAUUAAAACAAUGAAGAGGGACUAAGAUAUGUAGUCAUAGAUCUUUCAUAUGGACAGGAAGACAAGCCAAUAUAAAGAAAUAAAAGUUAGGUUUAAACUUAGCAAAAUAGGGGUAAAUAUUAAGGUAGCCACAAAGAAGACUAACAAUCCUACCCAUUGAAAUGAAAUACAAGAGAAAAAAUAGAGAUUUAGUAGAAACAAAAUCAGCUACAAUGAAUAAGAGGAAAAGACAAUAUAUAACAUAAACUACUCAGCACAAAAAAUUAAGUGGGAAAAAGAAACUGUCAACAACACACAAAAAAGACAUCAAAAUGACAGCACUAAACUCAUAAAAAAAUAUUUAUUUAUUUAUUUAUUUUUUAUGAGUACCUAUCCAUAAUUACACUGAAAGUAAAUGGACUAAAUGCACCAAUAAAGAGACAGAGAGUGGCAAAAUGGAUUAAAACACACACACACACACACACACACAAUCUCUCUAUAUGCUGCCUACAAGAGACACAUCUAAGACUUACACACAAACAAACUAAAACUCAAAGGAUGGAAAAAAAUUUAUCAAGCAAACAAUAAUCAAAAAAGAGCAGGACUGGCAACAUUAAUUUCUGACAAAAUAGAUUUUAAAGUUAAAACCACCACAAAGGAUGAGGAAGGACACUAUGUAAUGAUUAAAGGGACAGUAUUUUUUUUUUUUUUAUACCAGGAGGAUAUAACCAUAUUAAAUAUUUACACACCCAAUGACAGGGCUGCAAGAUACAUAAAACAAACUCUAACAGCAUUGAAAAGUGAGAUAGAUAGUGCCACAAUUAUAGUAGGAGACUUCAAUACACCACUUUCAUUGAAGGAUGGGACAUCCAGAGAGAAGCUCAAUAAAGACACGGAAGAUCUAAAUGCUACAAUCAACCAACUUGAUCUCAUAGACGUAUACAGAACACUCCACCCAACAGCAGCCAAGUAUACUUUCUUUUCUAGUGCACAUAGAACAUUCUCUAGAAUAGACCACAUAUUAGGUCAUAAAGCAAG